AUGGAGGAGUUCGGGUACAACUGCGCGGCCGGCUUCAUGUGGCUGGUGCAGAGGAAGAAGACGGAGCACACCUUCAAGAAGGUGAAGCAGACCGUGUCGUACGCCGGCGAGGUGACGGCCUUCGUCGAGCCGGGGAAGCUGAGGAAGAUUGCCGGCGUGAAGACCAAGGAGCUGUUCCUGUGGCUGAGCGUGGUGGAGGUGUAUGUGCUGAGUAAAUAG